AUGAACUUGGGAGAUGGUUUAAAGCUUGAAACGGAAUUAUUGAAUGGAAAAACCAAGCUUAUAUUAUCUCCAUAUGACCAUAAAUCAAAAAUUUCUGGAAAGAUGGGAAAUAAAACCAAGACUGCAAAAUAUCCUUUACGAACUAAAACUGGAUACAUUCUAAAAUCACAAAAUACUUGUGUCAGGAGUGAAAAAUUUUUGCAAAAGAAAAGAAUUGGUUCAGAAACUUCACUGGUAAAAGGUGAAAAAAAUAGUAUGACUUUUUCACCCACUAAGGAUUUAUGCAAACAGUAUGCAGACAAAGACAGUCUUCAUAUCGAGAAAGAAAUUUCAUUUCCACCGCCUAAUAUACAGAAGACUAGAAACACCAUGAAUACAUUUGUAGUAGCUAAACAGAAGCCUUGCAGAAAACACAUCAUAGCUGAAAAUAGAAAGAGCAGUUUGGUGUGUCUAACAGAAGACCAACUACAACGAAUUUUGAUGACUGUAAACCAAGGAAGUAAAUCUCUUACCCUGACUGAGAAUGAAAAGCAGGAGGAAACAAGUCAGUAUAGUCUAAAUUUAAACAAUAUUCCUGAUAAGCCAAAGAACGAGAACAUCAUGGAACUCCUCCAAAAACCUGAGACUGUUUCAUCUAUUCAGGAUGAAAGCACAUCUGUUUUAAAUAAAAGUCAGGUGACAUCUAAUCAGUGUGAGCAGAAAAUUUCCACAGAGAAUGUAUGGAAACCAGCUGACAUAUUCAGUACUCUGGGAGAAAGAGAACGUGAUAGAAGUUUGUUGGAAGCAAAAAAAGCCCAGUGGAGGAAAGAGCUUGAUGAACAGGUUGCUUUAAAGAAGAAAGAAAAGGAAGCUUCUGAAAAAUGGAAUAAUCCAUGGAAAAAAUCUGAAAGUGAUAAAAUAGAAUGGGAAAAACUUCAAAUUCUGGAUCAGUUUAAGGAAGCAGUACUGCUGGAGCACCCUUUCAGUGCUGUGAGACAAGAACAGCAGAGAAAAUGGAUUGAAGAGUUGAACAAGCAAAUAGAAGAUGACCGGCAAAAAAAAGCAGAGGAGAAAAUUAUAUCCUCAAUGGGUGAGGAACAUGACAGAUGGGCGGUGCAUUUUGAUUCCUUAAAGAACUGUCCUGGUUCUCAGUCUCGACUGUCGUCCCGGUCAGUGCAGAAACAACCGGAGUACUUGUGUGUCUCUCCGGACACGCAGGAGCUGGCUGAUCUCAGCAGUCUUUCUACACCUACCGUCGGAAGCCAGAUUGAACCUGCAGAGGAGGAACAUACAGUGAAGCCUGUUAGAGAUAUGGCUGUGGCAAACAUUCAGAAAACAAACUUUCUCCGUUCUAUGACUGCUCUUUUGGACCCAGCUCAGAUUGAGGAACGAGACAGGAGGCGACAAAAGCAGUUAGAACAUCAGAAAGCCAUCACUGCUCAGGUAGAAGAGAAGCGCAAGAAGAAGCAGCUCGAAGAAGAGCAGAGAAGGAAGGAGGAACAGGAGGAGGAGCGUCGCCUCGCCCGGGAACGAGAAGAGAUGCAGAAACAGUAUGAGGAAGACAUACUUAAGCAAAAACAAAAGGAAGAAAUGAUGACUCUACAGACGAAUAAGCUGUUCCAGACGAUGCAGAGAGCGCAAGAGCUGGCACAGAGACUGAAACAAGAACAGAGAAUCCGAGAAUUGGCUCAAAAGGGACAUGACACUUCUAGAUUGAUUCAAAAUCUUGGCAUUGAUACCAUACAAGUGGAAUAUAAUGCAUCUACUAACAAUACUGCAAACUCAAGACAUGGCUUGGAUAAAGUGAGUGGUAAAAUGAAUACAUAUAUCAACUCUACAACUUCUCCCAGGAAGGACACUGGUGUGCAGACAGAUGACUUAAAUAUAGGAGUAUUUACCAAUACAGAAUCACACUGUGGAUCGAUAGCAGAGAGGGAAAUUAUAAAUUGUUCAUCUCCUGAGAUUGCUGCAGAAUUUAAUGAAGAGUUUAACACUAAGAAUAACAAGCAAGAACUAGUAAAUCAGAUUAAAGGAGCCAACUUAGAAAAAGAAAACAGUUGGUAUAAUGACCAGUGUAAUCAGAUCACAAGAACAGAGAAGCAAACAAAACAUAUGAAGAAAUGUCCUAAAAGGCCUGACUGGAACAUAAGUAAGCCACUGAGAAGGUAUAUUCCAGCAUCAGAAAAGUACCCUAAACAACUUCAAAAGCUGAGAGAAGAAAAAAAGGUAAGAAGGCAGAUGGAACUGCUUCAUCUGAUUGAAAGAAAUAAUUCUGGACAAAUCUCUCAAAAUAGAGGCACUUCACCAGAAGUUCUUCAUUCAUCUCAUCAAGAAACUGAGCCAAGUUUCAGGCGGCAGCUAGUCAGAAAGGAAGAAGAGCCUCUGAGAACUAAUUGUUUUAGCAGGGAAAGGUCUCAGUCGCCACCAGUUCUGGCAGUGAAAAGCAGAAUGCAACAAACUCAGACACUGAAAAAUAGUAAUUAUAAAAGAAAGAAUCUGAUCUCAGGACAUAGUCACACAGAAUUACCACCUGGGAUUUCUGAUACAUUUCAUUUUAUUCCAUAUGUCCGAACCAACGAGGUUUAUUACCUGGACCCAGAGGCCCCAUUGUCUAGGCCUGUAACCCAGGAUGCUCAGUACCAAAAUGCACAUGACCAAGAAGAAGAGCUGUUUGCCUCUGACCAUCUCAGGGACCCACUUCUCAGUCCUAACUUGGGGAAAAACAGGGAUCGACAACAAGCCAUCCUUAAGGGACUGUCGGACCUGAGACAGGGCCUUCUCCAGAAGCAAAGGGAGUUGGAAACUAAUCUCAUGCCUUUAGCUGCAAAUCAAGAAGAGAAUUUUAGUUCUUCGUUUUAA